AUGCACCUUUCGCCCAAAGAACUCGAUAAGCUUGUCAUCUCCGAGCUUGGUCUUCUAGCUCAGCGAAGACUCGCGCGAGGCGUUCGUCUGAACCAUUCUGAAGCCACGGCCCUCAUUGCGAAUAAUCUCCACGAGCUUAUCCGCGAUGGCAACCACACCGUCUCGGAUCUCAUGAAACUCGGCGCCACCAUGCUGGGUCGCCGUCACGUACUGCCGGCCGUGUGUGCGACCCUUCGCGAGAUCCAGGUAGAGGGGACUUUCCCCAUGGGAACGUAUCUCGUGACCGUCCAUAAUCCCAUCGCCACCGACGACGGCGACCUCCGUCGCGCCUUGUACGGCAGUUUCCUCCCCAUACCGGACAAUGAGGCUUUCCCGUUGCCCCCAGACUCGGAAUACCUCGUGCACAAGCAGCCCGGCGCCGUCGUGGCCGUCAAGGGCAUGCUUGCGCUGAACCAGAACCGCAAGAGGAUACGCCUCAGGGUGACGAGCAAGGGCGACCGUCCCAUCCAGGUAGGCUCGCACUACCACUUCAUCGAGGCCAAUCCGCAGCUUGAAUUCGACCGCGAGAGGUCGUACGGGUACCGCCUCGACAUCGCCGCCGGCACGUCGGUGCGCUUUGAGCCUGGAGACAGCAAGACGGUGACGCUCGUGGAAAUCGGAGGCGGAAGGGUCAUUCGAGGGGGCAACAACGUGGCCUCUGGCCUGGUCGAGCUCGGGCGCGCCAAGGAGAUUGUUUCCAACCUGCAGGCGGCCGGGUUUGCCCAUGUCGCCGAGGUCCGGGGCUCGCGGCUGGAUGCCAGAGGCGACGGCGCUCACAUCGACGUGCUCCAGAUGGACCGGGCCGCCUACGCGACCAUGUUCGGACCCACGACUGGCGACCUGGUGCGCCUGGGGAACACGGAGCUCUGGAUCGAGGUCGAGCGCGACAUGACCUCUUACGGGGACGAGUGCAAGUUUGGCGGCGGCAAGACGCUGCGGGAAGGCAUGGGCCAGGCUGCCGGCCGGUCCGACGCCGAGUCGCUGGACACGGUGGUGACGAAUGCCCUCAUCGUGGACUGGUCCGGCAUCUACAAGGCGGACAUUGGCGUCAAGGACGGCAUCAUCGUCGGCAUCGGCAAAGCGGGCAGCCCCGACUUCAUGGAUGGGGUGACGCCGAACAUGGUGGUGGGCAGUUGCACCGACGUGGUGGCUGGCGAGGGCAAGAUUAUCACGGCUGGCGGCAUUGACUCGCAUAUCCAUUACAUUUGCCCCCAGCAGGCAAACGAGGCCUUGGCGUCGGGAAUAACCACCUUUCUGGGCGGCGGAACGGGUCCGAGCGCCGGCUCCAAGGCCACCACCUGCACCCCCGGCAAGAACCACAUUCGCCAGAUGCUCCAAGCCUGCGACGCCCUCCCCCUCAACGUCGGCCUCACAGGCAAAGGGUGCGACUCGUCGACCGACGCGCUCCGCGAGCAGAUUGCGGCCGGGGCAUGCGGCCUCAAGAUCCACGAGGACUGGGGCGCCACCCCGGCCGCCAUCGACUCGUGCCUCGCCGUCUGCGACGAGCUCGACGUCCAGUGCUGCAUCCACACCGACACGCUCAACGAGUCGGGCUUUGUCGAGCAGACGACGGCCGCCUUCAAGGGCCGCACCAUCCACACGUACCACACCGAGGGGGCCGGCGGCGGCCACGCCCCGGACAUCAUCUCCGUCGUGGAGCUCCCCAACGUGCUGCCGGCCUCGACCAACCCCACCCGCCCGUUCACCAGGAACACGCUGGACGAGCACCUCGACAUGCUCAUGGUGUGCCACCACCUGUCGAGGGACAUCCCCGAGGACGUGGCCUUUGCCGAGUCGCGCAUCCGCGCCGAGACGAUUGCCGCCGAGGACGUGCUCCAGGACAUGGGCGCCAUCAGCAUCAUGAGCUCCGACUCCCAGGCCAUGGGGCGCUGCGGCGAGGUCGUCCUGCGGACGUGGAACACGGCGCACAAGAACAGGCUCCAGCGGGGGAGGCUGCCCGAGGACGAGGGCACGCGGGCGGACAACUUCCGCGUGAGGCGGUACGUGAGCAAGUACACCAUCAACCCGGCCCUGGCGCAGGGCUUCGCGCACCUGGUGGGCAGCGUCGAGGUGGGCAAGCUGGCCGACCUGGUGGUGUGGGAUCCCGCGUGGUUCGGCACGAAGCCGUCCAUGGUGCUCAAGGCCGGCUUGAUUGCGUGGGCGCAAAUGGGCGACGCAAACGGCUCCAUCCCCACCGUCCAGCCGACCGUCGGCCGGCCCAUGUACGCGCCUCUGGUGCCGUCGUCCAAGGUGCUCUUCGUCUCGCAGGCCUGCGUGUCCUCGGGCGCAGCGGCGUCGUACGGCCUGCGCAGCCGGGUCGAAGCCGUCCGCAACUGCAGAGGCAUCGGCAAGAAGGACAUGCGGCUCAACGACGCGACGCCCAAGAUGAAGGUCGAUCCGGAGACGUACGUCGUCGAGGCGGACGGCAAGGUGUGCGCUGCCGAGCCCGCCGACGAGCUGCCGCUUGCUCAGACCUGGUAUAUAUACUGA